ACGACGAGCUGACAAAAAUUGAACAAGUAUUUGUAGAAAAUUGUUACAAGGUGUGAUAGCUUGUCAAGUUCGAAACUAUUCUAAUUAAUCGGUAUUAAUCAAAGAAAACCAAAAAAACUGUGACGCCGUCACAAAAAACGGUCAAAAGUGUCACAGCAUCACGGUUUUUCUUUGAUUAAUACCGAUUAAUUAGAAUAGUUUCGAACUUGACAAGCUAUCACAUCUUGUAAAGCAAACAAUUUUCUACAAACUGGUAUACUUGUUCAAUUUUUGCCAAUUCGUCUUCACUCUUUUAGACACGCUUUUUAGAUAACCCCCAAAUCGAUUUUUGGGGCUGUUUGUACAACAGCUGUAUUUUCAUAACGAAUCAACGUUCGGAGCGGAGACACUUUUCAUCUUGUAGAGAAAUGUUUAAUCUACUUACUUAUCUAGUUACCAUUUUAGAUUAGUUUGUGGCUUUAUUGCAAUAACCUUUUGAAAAAGAGCAAAAAAUGGUGACUGUUAGCUGGACAAGCCAUUUGAUUAACUUUCAGUAAGUUUUUUGAGAUAUUAGUAUGCCUAAAGUAUGACUUAACUUGAAUGUCUAAUUUAAGUAACUUAAGUCAUUUUUAUAACAGACUGUAAUACGUCUUGGAAAGAAAACUUGAAACCUAUUUGAUUACUACCAAAUAAUUUUUUAUGCUGCUGACAAAUCUGAUACAGAGAUCUGCAAACUGAACCGUAUUCGAACCAAAAGUUGUCGAGUAUCUUACCCUAUCGUACAACCAUAACCAUUAGAUUUAUUUUUUUUCUCAUUUGGUUAAAGUAAUCAAAAUUCUAAAUUUUUGUUAAAAUUUUUGUUUGUUUGAGUAAGAGCUCUUACUCAAACAAAGUGUACCCAUACUAGUAUGAGUACUGGUAGGACAAAGUGAGGAUAAGGAUAAUAUUUCGUUCGUGUACAGAUAUAAAAAGAAAUACCCGUGCACGUCGUUUGUCCAAAUAAACUCUGACGGUAGUGUAUAUAAAAAAGGUUGAAAAUAUUUUUAUUCAAGUUGAGGUUUUGGAUUGAAGUUUUUAUUUGAUAAAAAAGUAUAUUUCAGUAAUUGGAUUUCUACGGAUGUUGAAUUUAAACAAAUGUUCACAAAAGUUGUAUGAAGACAAAAGUAUAUCAGAUUUGUAGUUAGCAUCAAAAAUUAUCCAUACAAUCAAUUACAUGACAAGAACAAAAAUUGAAGAGACAGUUGGAAAGCUUCUCUCACUAGAUAUAGAUGGACUGGUUUUUAUUGUAUAUUAAGUUGUGCUUGAGAUAUUUGGAGAAUAAUACUCAUGUUUUCCUCUCUCUUCUAGUAUCAUGGUGAAAGUCUCAUACACGUUGCACAAUUUGCAUUACAAGGUAAAAAACUUCAACGAGAAGAAAAAGAAUCAUGGCAUGAUUUUAAUGCCACUAUCUCUAAGGAUAUUGCUGCAAAUAUACCUGCAGCAGUAUGA